AAAUUUGACAGUUAAACGUCAACAACAUAUGUUUAUAUUCAUUAAAAAAAUAUUAAAGAUAAACUUCAAACUUGGCCUAGAACUUAUCAAGAUUGAAUAAAAACACUUAAAAAUGACUUAGCAGUUUUACGUAAAACGAUGAAAUCGACGUUUUUAACCCCGAAUAGACACGGUUACAGUGUGAGAUUUUCUCCAUUUAACCCUGACCAAUUGGUAGUAGCUACCAGUCAAUAUUAUGGGUUGACCGGAGGCGGCACGUUGUUUCUUUUAGAACGAAAUCAAGGAAAUCUCGUUGAGGUUGGUACUUAUCUUUGGCCAGACGGUUUAUUUGAUGUAACAUGGUCAGAAAUUGAUCCUCAAACGGUGGUCACAGCAUGUGGUGAUUGUAGCCUACAAAUAUGGAAUUUAUUUGCAAAUACACCACCUGUUAUUUUAAAUGAACACACUAAAGAGGUUUAUUCGGUUGAUUGGUCUAAGACUCGCCAACAACAAUUAAUAAUAAGCGCUUCUUGGGAUUGUACAGUAAAAUUAUGGGAUCCCAAUCGAAAAACAUCUCUAUCAACUUUUACCGGACAUAAUCAACUUGUUUAUAAUGCAAUGUGGUCGCCGCAUGUUGCGAAUUGUUUUGCGUCAGUUUCUGGAGAGGGUACACUUAAAAUAUGGAAUAUUUCAAGUCCAAGUACCCCAAUCACCACCAAAGUACAUGAUGCUGAAGUUUUAUCGUGCGAUUGGUGUAAAUACGACCAGAAUUUAUUAACAACGGGAGGUUCUGAUGGAUUAAUUCGAGGAUGGGAUCUACGAAAUCUCAAUCAACCAAUUUUUCAAUUAAUUGGGUGUGAAUAUGCGGUUAGGAGAGUCCAAUUUUCACCUCACAAUUUAAGCGUCAUAGCCUCUGUUAGUUAUGAUUUUACAACAAGAAUUUGGGAUUUCAAUAAAUGCCCAGAAGCCAUUGAAACGAUUAAUCACCAUACUGAAUUUGUAUAUGGGUUGGAUUGGAAUGUAUUGAAAAAAGGGGAACUUGCUGAUUGUGGAUGGGAUAGUUUAGUACACGUUUUUAAUUGUAAUUCUGUUGUAUGUUAAGACAAAAAAUGGGUUCUUGUUGUCUCAAAAAAAUUUUUUCAUGAUUUUAAUCUAUAUUUAGGCUGUGAUAUGGUUUAAUGUGUAAAUUUCUGAUUAAUUUUUUGAUGGUUUUUUAAUAAAAAAAAUUAUGUUGUAUCUGAA